GAGGUCGUCUUCGGCCUGCUGUCGCCGGAGGAGAUGGAGAGCCUCGCGGAGUUCGAGUGCAACAACCGCGAGCUCUACACGCUGCCGAGCCGCAAGCCCGCGCCGAACGGCUGCCUCGACCUCCGGCUCGGAGCGGCGAACAAGCAGACCGCGUGCGCGACGUGCCACAAGCGGGUCGACCAGUGCGCGGGCCACUUCGGCGUCGUCCGCCUCGAGCUGCCCGUGUUCCACGUCGGCUACUUCAAGCACGUGCUCACGAUCCUGCAGUGCGUCUGCAAGGAGUGCUCGCGGGCCCUCGUGCACCCCCAGGAGCGGACGACGCUCCUGCGGCGCAUGCGGGACCCGCGCGCGGACGCGCUCCGAAAACAGGCGCUCUACAAGCGCGUCGUCGACCGCUGCAAGGCCGCGUCCAAGUGCCCCUACUGCGGCGCGCGCAACGGCCCCGUGCGCAAGGUCGCCGGGGCCGGGGCCCUGAAGCUGUCCCACGAGAAGUGGCGCGGCGUGAAGCGCGAGGACCUGCUCGACGACGACGAGUUCUCGGCGUACGCGGAGUCGUUGGAGUCGGCGCUCGGCGCCGUGCCGACGUCGGCGACGGCGACGAAGGCGCCGCCGACGGUGCUGUCGCCGGUGGACGUCCGCGCGAUCCUCGAGAAGAUCAGCGACGACGACUGCGACCUGCUCUGGAUCGACCCGCGCGUGGGCCGGCCGGAGAAUUUGGUCCUCAAGACGCUCCUCGUCCCGCCGACGCCCAUCCGGCCGAGCGUCGCCGUCGACUCGCCCGGCGGCGGCGGCAGCAACGAGGACGACCUCACGAUCAAGCUCCAGGAGAUCAUCGACGUCAACAGCGCGCUGCGCCAGGCCAUCCGCAAGGGCGGGUCCAUGAAGAUGAUCGUCGAGGGCUGGAACUUCCUCCAGGUCCAGGUCGCGCUCUACCUCAACGGCGAGGUGCCGGGCCUCCAGCCGCGGAACGCGCCCGCGGCGAAGCCGAUCCGCGGCCUCUGCCAGCGCCUCAAGGGCAAGAGCGGCCGCUUCCGGGGCAACCUGAGCGGCAAGCGCGUCGACUUCUCCGCGCGCACGGUCAUCUCGCCGGACCCGAACUUGCGCGUGGACCAGGUCGGCGUGCCGCAGGAGGUCGCGAAGAUCAUGACGUACCCGGAGAAGGUGAACGCGCUGAACCUGGAGAAGCUCCAGAAGCUCGUCGUCGCCGGCCAGAAGCAGUGGCCCGGCGCCAACUACGUCGAGAUCGCGAACCACGACGACCCGGGCGCCGGCGACCGGCCGCCCUUCAAGAAGAGCCUGCUCUACGGCGACCGCGCGCGCAUCGCCAAGGAGCUCCGCGUCGGCGACGUCGUCGAGCGCCACAUGCAGGACGGCGACGUCGUCCUCUUCAACCGCCAGCCCUCGCUCCACAAGCUCUCCAUCAUGUCCCACGAGGUCAAGGUCAUGCCCUGGCGCACGUUCCGCUUCAACGAGUGCGUCUGCGCGCCGUACAACGCCGACUUCGACGGCGACGAGAUGAACAUGCACCUGCCGCAGACCGAGGAGGCGCGCGCCGAGGCGUCGGCGCUCAUGAACGUGGCGACGAACAUCUGCACGCCGCGCAACGGCGAGCCGUUGGUGGCCGCGACGCAGGACUUCGUGACCGCGUCGUUCCUCGUGACGCAGCGCGACGUCUUCUUCGACCGCGACGCCUUCUGCGCUCUGGCGGCCUACGUGGGCGACGCUUUAGAGCGCGUCGACGUGCCGCCGCCGGCGAUCCUCAAGCCCGUGCGGCUCUGGACGGGCAAGCAGCUCUUCUCGUUGAUCGUGCGGCCGACGGUCGCGGCGAAGCCCGAAAACGGCGGCGCGUGGCCCUGCGUGUCCUUCGAGUGCGCCGAGCGCAACUACACGGGCUCGGGCAUCGAGACCAUGUGCCCCAUGGACGGCUACGUGCUCUUCCGGCGGUCGUCGCUGCUCUGCGGCAACAUCGCGAAGAAGACCGUCGGCGACGGCUCGAAGAAGGGCCUCGUCUACGAGCUGUACCGCGAGCACGGCCCCGCGGCGGCGGCGACGUUCAUGAACCGCCUCGCGAAGCUGUCGGCGCGCUACCUCGGCUACCACAAGGGCUUCUCCAUCGGCAUCGACGACGUGACGCCGUCCGACGCCGUCCUCGCGCUCAAGGCGCAGCUCCUCGAGGAGGGCCACGCGGAGGCGCGGCGCAAGAUCGAGGCCUACGAGUCCGGGUCCCUCGCGCUCCAGCCGGGCUGCGACGCGCUCCAGUCCCUCGAGGCGGAGCUCACGGGCCUCCUGGGCAAGGUCCGGGAGCAGGCGGGCAAGAACCUCAUGACGCGCGACCUCCCGCGGUCGAACUCGCCCCGGAUCAUGGCCGAGUGCGGCUCCAAGGGGUCGGCGAUCAACGUGUCCCAGAUGAUCGCCUGCCUCGGCCAGCAGGCCGUCGACGGCAAGCGCAUCCAGAACGGCUUCGUGCAGCGGACGCUGCCGCACUUCGAGGUCGGCGAGCUGAGCCCCGGCGCGCGCGGCUUCGUCGCCAACUCCUUCUACAGCGGGCUGACGGCGACGGAGUUCUUCUUCCACACCAUGGGCGGCCGCGAGGGUCUGGUGGACACGGCCGUGAAGACGGCGCAGACGGGCUACAUGGCGCGGCGGCUCAUGAAGGCGCUCGAGGACCUGUCCGUGGGCUACGACGGCACGGUGCGGAACUCGGAGAAGAACAUCGUCCAGUUCACCUACGGCGACGACGGCCUGGACCCCGUGAAGAUGGAGACGGGCGACUCCAUGCCCGUGGACUUCGGCCGGCUGCUGCACCGCGUGCGCCACGACGACGCCGCGCUCUCGUCGCGGGCGCCGCGCGACCUCGACGCCGCGGCCGUCGCGGCCGUCGCCGAGGCCUGCGGCGCCGGCGACGCCGGGCCCUUCGGGCGGCUGGGGCCCCUCGCCGCCAAGUUCCGCGGCGACGCGGCGGGCUUCCUGCGGGACCUGAGCGAGCGCAUGGCCGACCGCGAGCUCCAGAUGAAGGACCACUGCGGCGACGCGGCGCUCGCGCGGCUCUUCGACGACGUCGCCCUGUCCCAGGGCGACCUCGACCGCUUCCAGGCCGGCGCCCUCGACAAGUACACGCGCGGCGUCGUCGAGCCGGGCGAGGCCGUCGGCGCGAUCGGCGCGCAGUGCAUCUCGGAGCCGGGCACGCAGAUGACGCUCAAGACGUUCCACUUCGCGGGCGUCGCGUCCAUGAACGUCACCCUGGGCGUGCCGCGGCUCACGGAGAUUAUUAAUGCCUCCAAGAACAUCUCGACGCCCAUCAUCACGGCGCACCUCGACAAUCCUUCCUCCACGACGGCCGCGCGCGUCGUGAAGGCGCGUCUGGAGAAGACGACGCUCGGCGAGAUCUGCAAGUCCAUGAAGGAGGUCUACGGGCCCCGGUCCUGCUACGUGUCCGUCGAGCUCGACGCGACGCUCAUCGCCGACCUGCACCUGGACGUGGACGCCGCGGCCGCGCGGAAGCGCGUGCUGCAGGCGGUCAUGGCGUCGGGCCGCGCGCCGCCGGUGAUCCGCGCGCUCAAGAACGAGCACGUGCUUUUGAACCCGAACCACCGCAACCGCGACAUGCUCAGCGACGACCGCACCUACUUCGCCAUGCAGGCGCUGAAAUCGGCGCUGCCGUCGAUCGUCGUCGGCGGCGUGUCGUCGAUCAACCGCGCGGUCGUCAACGAGGACGAGGGGUCGUCGCCGGCGACCUACCACCUGCUCGUGGAGGGCUACGGGCUGGCGGACGUCAUGGGCACGCCGGGCGUCGACGGCCGGCGGACGACGACGAACCACGUCGCGGAGAUCGAGGCGGUUUUGGGCAUCGAGGCUGCGCGGUCGACGAUCGCCAACGAGAUCACCUACAUCAUGUCGGCCUACGGCAUCGGCAUCGACGCGCGCCACCUCAUGCUCCUCAGCGACGUCAUGACCUUCAAGGGCGUCGUCCUCGGCAUCACGCGCUUCGGCGUGUCGAAGAUGCGCGAGAGCGUGCUCAUGCUGGCGUCCUUCGAGCGGACGACGGACCACCUCUUCGACGCCGCGGCCCACGGCCGCCGCGACAACAUCGUCGGCGUGUCCGAGUGCAUCAUCAUGGGCAUCCCCAUCCCGCUGGGCUGCGGCUCCUUCAAGCUCCUCCGCGACACCGACGCGGAGCAGGGCGACGACGACGGCGCGCCGAAGCGGAGGCCGCUCAUCAUGGCGUCCUGAGUAAGGUUGUUAUGGUCGU